CCGCCACGCAGUUUCUCUCUCCACAAAAUUCGAAUUUCGAAUUUCGAAUUCGGAUCCGGAGCCACCGCCUCCGUCUUCCCAAUUGACCUUUCUCUUCCGCGGCAUCCGCCAUUUUUUCUCCUUCCUUUACCCGCAAAACCGAAAACCACAACCACACGAACAAUACGACUCAGAGAAUCCCCUUUCCCCAAUUCUUCUCCUCCUCUUUUGCUGCGGCCGGGUUGUUUUCUAUAGCACAACAAUGAGGAAGGGAGCUAAGAGAAAGCGAGCGGAGAAGGCGGCGACGAAAGAUACGAAGGAUAAGGAGGUCGCCGUCGUCGAGGAGCCCAAAGCUUCUACUUCUUCGUCUGCGGAAGCAGAGCCUGCGGCGCCGGCGGCGGAUGGGAAUCACAAGCAGGCGGCACCUCCUGCUGCUGCUGGUAAAGCUCGUCCUCCUCGAGCUAAGCGGGCCAAGGUUGAGCCCGAGCCGGAGUACUUCGAAGAGAAGCGGAACAUGGAGGAUCUAUGGAAGGCUGUAUUCCCAGUCGGGACAGAGUGGGAUCAAUUGGAUGGUUUGUACAAGUACAACUGGGACUUCUCCAAUCUGGAAGAAUCUUUUGAAGAGGGAGGAGCUCUGCAUGGCAAGAAAGUUUAUCUUUUUGGCUGUACUGAACCCCAAUUGGUCCCUUACCAAGGCCAAAACCACGUAAUGAAUGUUCCUGCAAUUGUGGCGAUUGUUUCACCUUUCCCGCCAUCAGAUAAGAUGGGAAUUAAUUCGGUUCAAAGGGAAACGGAAGAAAUAGUUCCCAUGAAACAAAUGAAGAUGGACUGGGUCCCAUACAUUCCCAUGGAGAACAGGGACACAGAAGUUCUCAGAUUGAAAUCUCAAGUUUACAUCUUGAGCUGCACUCAGAGAAGGGCUGCUUUGAGACAUUUGAAGAUAGAUCGGCUUAAGAAAUUUGAAUACUGCCUUCCAUACUUCUAUCAUCCACUGAAGGAAGACGAAUUUGACCAGAGCACUGAGGUCCAAAUAGUGUUUCCAGCAGAGGACAAGCCGGUUUUAUGUGAGUUUGAUUGGGAAUUGGAUGAGUUGGAGGAAUUCACUGAUAAUCUGAUAAAGGAUGAGGUACUAUCUGAAGGUCAGAAGGAUGAGUUCAAGGAGUUUGUUAAAAGCAAAGUUCGAGAAUCCAAGAAGGCUAACCGAGAGGCUAGGGAAGCUCGGAAAAGAGCAAGGGAAGAAUUGAGCACAGAGGCCAGAGCUGCGUUUGAGAAUAUGAAGUUCUACAAAUUCUACCCUAAGAAAACUGAUGAUUCCCCUAAUGUUUCUGCAGUUAAGUCUCCUUUCAUCAAUAGGUAUUAUGGGAAGGCCCACGAGGUUCUAUAAUCGAAAUGAUCUCCGCCCGAUCAUUCAACUCAGCCAAUUGGGAUGCAGCAUUCAUCUAAUCUAAAGCCCACGGAUGCUACCAAUGUGAACCGAGGGACUUGCAGCUCGUUCCCUGGCAUUCGAGGAAAAGUUUUUCUCCUCUCUUUUUGCUUCUGCUGUAAGAUCACUACAAAUGUCUGUAAGCACAUUGCAGAGUCUUGUGGGGUUUCCUCCAAGAGUCCGGGAAAUAUGUAAAACUUGUAGGUUUCUAGAGAAGAGAUUAGUUAUCAAGGCAGAUAGAGGAGGAAUGUGUAAGAUCUCUGCAAUGUUUUUUUGAGGAUUUUGCUCUUGGGAGCUAUGGGUAGCUUUGAGUUUGGGUUUGUCAUUAAACCCAUAAGAAAAUUUAUCUCCUACAAAUUGCUUCUUACUCAGAAUAUAGAUGAGGAUCUACAGAAUGGAAACUGUACUCAUUUUGAUAGAUUUAAUUGCAAAUCGACUUGUACCUGUCGAACUUAAUUGCACUGAUUUUGUUUGUUCUGUACUCUGUAAGUGACCCAAAAUCGUUUUAGGCUUAGACAGGAGCACGAUUGAAGUAGAAACAGCUUGAUCCUUUUGGAUUUGGUGUGUUUUAGUUGUGCGCUAAAACCUUCUAACUACAAUCCUAAUCCUAACAUAAAGUUAACAAUUAGAUUGUGGUUCUUACAGCUUCUGUUCACGAGAGAAAAUAGAGAGCGGGGAAAAAAUUAUGAGAAAAUGGAGGGAUCCGGAACUGUGUUCUCCUAUAGUCCUAUUCAUAAAUUUUGUUACAAUACAGGAGAGUGAUUAUUUUGGGGUGAGACAAUUGUUGUUUCUUAUUGAACCUCUUUUCCUCUUCUUUUUUACUUCAAAAUUGAACACCUAUUUUUUUCUCAUUGAUUCACUAUCCUCAAAUUUGCCUUUUGCCUUUUCCUACCCAAUUUUCUCUCUUCAUUCGUGAACGGAGUGUCAUGGAUUGAUCAUCGACGGAGUUUAGAUUAAAUGGAAUUCAAAAAGAGGAGUAAUAGAAUUGCCAACUAUGAUUCUAACUCUGACAUAUAUAUUACAAUCCGGUUGUUUGUUAAUCGAGUUUCCUCAAGAUAUAACCUUCUAACUCGAAUCCUAAUCCUAACAUAAAGUUAACAAUUAGAUUGUGGUUCUUUCGACUUCUGUUCACGAAAAUAGAGAAAAUAGAAAAUGAGGAAAAAAUUAUGAGAAAAUGGAGGGAUCCGGAACUGUUCUCCUCUCCUGUUCAUAAAUUUUGUCACAAUACAAGGGAGUGAUUAUUUUGGGGUGAACAAUUGUUGUUUCUUAUUGAACCUCUUUUUUUCUCCUUUUUUUCCUUCAAAAUUGAACACCUAUUUUUUUCUCAUUGAUUCACUAUCCUCAAAUUUUUACUCCCUCAAAUUUGCCUUCUGCCUUUUCCUACCCAAUUUUCUCCCUUCUUUCGAACGGAGUUUCAUGGAUUGAUCAUUGAUGGAGUUCAGAUUAAAUGGAAUUCAAAGCGAGGAGUAAUAGAAUUACUAUCCGGUUGUUUAUUAAUCGAGUUUCCUCAAGAUAUAAAUUGAAGAGUACUUUUCACAUUUCAGGUAGGAGUGUACAUGGGUUGGGUAGUCCGAUUUUAGUCAUUUUAAUAACCCGGCCCAUACACUACGAUUUUGAGAAUUAUAAAUCCAAACCCACCUUAAAAAAUAAGGAUCCAACGGUUUUUUUAAAUUUUUUCCAAAAUACACUAUUUCUUUAAAAAAUUUCCAAAAUACACUAUUUCUUUAAAAAAAUUUACAAAAUACAAACGUUAUAAAAAAAAAAUCACAAUCUACGCAUGUUUCACCUUCACCGCCAUUAUCUAAGACAGUGAAGGAAAUCACCACCCUCGUCAACGGCAGUGAUGUAUUCACCGCUUUGCGAAAAACGGUGAUGUAUUCAUCGUUUUUGUUAAAAACAGUGAUAUGUUAACCGCUUGUCUUUACGGCGGUGUCGUUGUUAAUAACGACAGUGAAUAUGU